CCUGCGGGGCCGAUCCCACCCGUGGUUCCCCGAGCGACCACCAAGCCCAUGCCGCCGCUGCCGCUGCUCCGGGGCGGCGCAGGCCGGCCCGGGCGGGGGGAACGAAAGAGCGGCGGAACGCGCGGGCGGCGCUCGGGGAGGCGCCGGGCGGGCCGGCGGGCCGGGCAUGGCGGCGCUGCGGGUGCUGGAGCUGUACAGCGGCAUCGGCGGGAUGCACCAGGCCCUCAGAGGUACCGGCGCGUCCCGCGGGGCUCCGUGCUGCCUGCCCGCCCGGGGCACCCUGCCCUCAGGGGCUCCGUCUUCUCGUGGGGAAAGCUGCACAUAUGCAGAAGUUGUAGCUGCUGUUGAUGUGAACACUCUUGCCAAUGAUGUUUAUAAGCACAACUUUCCCAGCACGCCGUUAUGGGCAAAGACUAUUGAGGGCAUAACACUGAAAGAAUUUGACAUAUUAUCUUUUGAUAUGAUUUUGAUGAGUCCUCCCUGUCAGCCUUUUACAAGAAUUGGCCUGCAAGGUGAUGUGUCUGAUCCACGGACGAAGAGCUUUCUCUAUAUCCUUGAUAUUCUCCCAAGGCUUCAGAAGCUUCCAAAAUACCUACUUUUAGAAAAUGUUAAAGGAUUUGAAUCCUCUUCUGCAAGAAAUGAACUUUUGCAAACACUAACUACAUGUGGAUUUAAAUAUCAGGAAUUUCUCUUGUCUCCAACCUGUCUUGGCAUUCCCAAUUCUAGGCUGCGGUAUUUUCUAAUUGCAAAGCUUCACCAAGAACCAUUUUCCUUUCAAGCUCCUGGUCAAAUAUUGACAAGAUUCCCAGAUCAGGAUCCAGAAGAUUUACUCAAGAAAAAAGUUGCUGACGAAGUGGGUGAAACCAGUUCUUCUUUGUCCUCCGAGGAGAAGAAUCUGGAUCCAAACAUUGGUCCAGAUUGCAGCAGCAAGAAGAGUUUACCAAAAGGGGCCUUUCUAUUUAAGCUUGAAACAGUAGAAGAGAUGAAAAGGAAACAUGAUCAGGAUAAUGAUUCCUCUAUUCAAAUGCUACAAGACUUCUUGGAAGAGGAAAACGAAGAAAUGAGUCAAUAUUUCUUACCACCCAAGUCCUUACUGCGCUAUGCUCUCUUGUUAGACAUUGUUAAACCCACCUGCCGGAGAUCCACGUGCUUUACAAAAGGGUAUGGACACUAUGUAGAAGGGACCGGCUCAGUUCUGCAGACAGCAGUAGAUGUACAGCUUGAAUCAGUGUUUAAACACAUUGACAAGUUACCAGAAGAAGAGAAGCUUAUGAAAUUGUCAGCGUUAAAACUGAGGUACUUUACCCCAAGAGAAAUAGCAAAUCUUCAUGGAUUCCCUUUGGAAUUUGGUAUGUGCUGCAAAAUACACACUUCUACAUUAUUCUUCAGAAAUGCCAAUGUAUUUUUUUUUACUGUGACUAAUCUAUUACUUUUAUUUUGCAUUUUUUUCAUACUGCUUAGUUCUUAUGAUUGAUUGGUUCUUGUUGUUUGGCUAACUUUGAAUUUCUCUAAAUUUCCACUAGUUUUUUUCAUGUAUUGUAAGAACCAGCUUCUGUCAUGAGGUUUAUCUUCAUAAGCUAAGAAGAAGGUUUUGGCAUGCAAAAUGCUCUGUUAGUGAAGUGCAAUGAAGGAAUACCUUUGUUUAAAGUUGAAACUAUUUAUUCAGCAGCCAGGGUUACUCACAACUGUGGUAAAUCAACAUAGCCUGCUAGCUUAGGAAGUCUGUUUGUGGUUCUCAGUGUUGGAGCUGCUUGCUUUCUCCCUUCCACACAUUUACAGCUGCUGACAGGGAAUUUCAGAUGGUACAGAUAGUUCUUUGUUGAGGAGUAACCAAUCUAUUAAGCCAUCUCUAUUUUCUAGAAAGGGCAACCCUUGGUCAGGUACUUCAUUUUCUAAGUGGUUGUUUUUUUGAAGAAGGAGUCAAGGAACAGAGCUCAGCAGUUUCAGUACAUUGGAUACACAUCAACAAGUUAAACCUGAAGUAAAUGCAUCAGAAUUCUCCUUGUAAAAAAGGGCAAGCAUGAAAGUGUAGUUGUUACUAUCUGCUAAGAAACUGUCCUGCUGACAUCACAUCAGAUCAAUUUAUUGUCACUCAGCUACAAAAGGAAGGAAUGGAAUCAUGGAAGGGUUUUUGUUUGAAGAGACCUUAAAGAUCAUCUAUUUCCAAUCUGCUUCCACUAGACCAGAUUGCUCAAAGAAUAAGACAGCACUGACCUUGAGUAAUUUUUUCUAUUUUGCUUUGACAUCCUCAGUGACUUAGAGUUCUGAGAAAUGUGACUUGUUUCUAUGUAUUUCUUCCUUUCACAGUUUUUUCGUUUUUUUCAUUUAUUACUUGUUAUAUUCAGAAUUGCUACAUUUGGAGAACAUUAUCAAGGUUGUGCAGUGAAACUAGAGUUGCUAGCACUAAGCUUACAUGUUUAUGAGUAUUUGCAAGUGUGUGCUGUGUUGUUACAUACCAACAUGCAAUGUGUUUUCGUAUUCUCUUUAAUGGAUCUGUUCUAUUUGCCUUUUAGCACAGCUCUGUUUCAUAUUCUUGUAGGCUCAUGUCAAGAUACUUGAACUUAACAGAGCUGGAUUGGGCUUGCAUAGGCUUAUCAUGCUGCUCAAGGUCUCUUUUGAGCACAAAAUUGCCCAUUUUCUCUUUUUUUAAAUGCAGCUGGAGUUUUUCCACUGUUAGAUCAGUCUCUGCAACAUUACAGAGAGGUGCAGUAGGGUUAAUGUAGCUGGUAUUUUACUAGGGGAGAACUGAGACAAUGGAGAGAUUUAUGUUUGGAAGACUCCAUUACUUUGGGGUGAGCAGUUCACGAAACCUGACUUUUAUAAUUUCAUAGUGCUUGGAGUGAUACCAUGCUUUCUGUUCAGAGCUCAUCUGCAGAGACACCUGAGAGGUUCAAUGUUUUUGCAAACCAAAACUGAACUCUGCAGACAAGUCAGGCUUCUGAAUUUGAGGAUCAUCCAGAUCAUCACCAUGUACAAUGUGUUCAUUUAGCAGACCUGUCUUUUGUUUGGGAUUCUGCCUCUCAGAAGAGAGUACACUUUUGCCAUAAGUAUGGCAGUUAGCAUUAUAACUGUUUUACAGUUCUUGCAGUUCCCUUCCCUCUCUAUACUGGUUUUCCACCUUUGAUGACACAUAAAGCAAGCCUCUCUCUCUCAUUCAGUGGUUUCCUCUGGCAUAUACUCCUGAGUCAUAGGCAGAACAUGCAUUUUCCCCUGCACUGAGUCACAAGUCUGACAUUUCUUUGUGUUUAAAACUUCUCCCACUUUAAGAAAAAAGUGUUUUUUGACUGUAGGCUGAUAGAAAUCUUUAAUGAGUUUAGGUACUGUAAUCUCAAUUUCCUUUGAGAAUUUGUAAGCUCCGGAUUUUUUUUUGAAAGUGGAUAUAUUUAUGGCUGCAGCAAAGGGUGUUGCCCUGACAGUAUUUCUCCCAUGCUAAACUUCAAGUAAUUAUUGUGAAAUAUGGUAUUUUCAGAGCAAAAUGUGUUAUAAGUUCUCUGCUACUGUGUUCUGUAGUGACAGCAACAUUUGAAAUUUUCAAAACAAGGAAGCUUGGAAUUAUUGGUUAUUGGUCCAAGAAACUGAAGAAGCUGAGGAAACUAAAAACUGAAAACUAUGUGAACAGACUGUCAGCAGCUUUGUAACAGAUGCUGUUACUAGUGCAGCUACAGUAUCAUCAGAAGAAACGUCUAAAUGGUUCUGCAUUUUAAGAAGUUGAUGGCCUUUUCUAAUAUGUGAGAUCCAGAGUUAAAGUCAUUGUUCAUUCUUAACACGACCAGAUUUAUUUGUGCUUUUAACAUCAAAAUGUAUAAAUAGUAAUUGCACUAUAGUUCAAUGAAAUAGUGCAGUCAUUUGUCUUAGUCACUCUAGUGGGUCCCACAGCAAUAUCAUUAAAAGUGAGCAGAGCUUUCUUGCACCUGUGACCUGCUUUCAUAAGAGUGAUAUCAGGAUGUGUGUUAUCCUUUUUUCUUAUUAGCAAUGCAUGCAAGCUUUUAGGAAACAAAAGCCAGCAUCGUGGGGAAGUAUGUGCUGUUAAGACCUCCAUGUCCUCAGGUACUGUGUGUGACAUAAAUGCUACAGUGAGAGCUGUGCAGCAAGUGCCAGCAUAUUGGAAGUUGUUGAAUCUGACCUUCUGAUGUAUGCCACUCUGGAGCCAAGAAGAUAGAAAAUGCAAGACAAUAUUAACAGUCAGAGGGAGGAGGCUUGGGAUAAAGGAAACCACGAGUUCUGGAAAUUAAUUUUUGGCUUUUGGUUGCCAAAAGGUAGAAGGAGAAAUUCUGACAUUUUCAAGAUUCAGAUAGGCUUCUUGGGCUGUAAGUGCAUGUGUGUGUGUGCAUAAAUACAUAUUUAUUUUCAUGUACGCUUUUAAAAGGCCUUUAUUCUGUAUCUUAUCCAUGGAUGGAAUGUGAAAACUCGAUCUAAGGAAGUGUGUGUGGGAGUGCAAGUGAAUGUUCCAAAGACAGAAGAACGGUUGCUCAAAUGUGAGUGCCAGGAGCUGGGCAGAGUGGAUGGAGCUGGCAGAAGAUGUGUUUACCAAAGCAGUCCACAUUUGAGGCAUUAGUAACUGGCAGAGAAGGAUGGAACAACUCCUCCCAGACACCACCUCCUCCUCAGAGCCUCCUUUGGCUCAAUAACUGUCCAACCACAUUCUGUCCUGAGCUCUCUCUGGAACAGAAUUUUUUCUGAAGAGCUGUGAAAAUUUCAGAGCAUACAUAUCACUACUUGCACUCACAGUGUGCUUGUGCAUCUGAGGUAAUUGGGGUGGUGAUGACCUCUGAGUCAAAGUUAGGUGUUUCUUCUUAGGGAAUGAUGAAAUAAUUGAAUGUGGCCAGGUUUCAGCAGUUUACUAUAUGACCCUAACAGUUAAGUCAUCACUGCUGUUCAUCUUUUACUCAGGUUGAAGCAAAUGUUCUUUACCUCACAGUUGGAGUAAGGUAAGAGUGCGAACAAGGACAGAGCAGACCAACUGGCUGCUUGAAACUCAGCCUCACUCAGCUGCACUCUCAGGAGCUUGGUAGUCAGUACACAGCACAGCCCUUUCACAAUACCUGGGCUGGUGUCAUUUUUACUGGCUCUCCCUUCUUUCUGCCAGUCCAUGCAGUUACUAUGGGAAGGACAUUUCUAAUGCUGUCUGUAUUUCUGAGCGUAUUUAAUGGGGUCAACAUUGAAUUACAUGAAAAAUUGUUCAACUUCUUGAUCACUCACUGAAUAAGCCUUGCUCAUUGUUCAGUCUGUAUGGGUGGUAUAUUGCACUGAGAGACUCGGGAUUUACCUGAGCUGUUAGAAGGGAUGCUGUGGGAAGAACAAUAUAAAGCUUAUUGGGAAGUGCAAUUUAGUCCAUCUGCAGAAUUGUCACAUUUUCUUUCUGCUGUGGUCAUGUUCUUCUGUGGAUGUUAUCUAGAGUAGCAGUUGUGCAGGGAUUUAGUGCUGCUGCCCCUCCCUGAGACUGUUGGAUGUUUUGAGCUCUCUGAAGGGAAGGUAGAUCAGCAGUAGUUACACAAUAGAGGAAUGUUUUGAAGCUUCUUGUGAAACCUUAGAGAUGGCAGUAUUGAUAAUAGAAGAACUGAUACAAAUCCAGUGAAUUGGUUGUGAAUUGGUUUUGUAACCUCGUGAAUUUUUGGGGCGGCUGGAGGGAGGGUGAAUCCUGCUGCAAUCUGUGAUAACUGCACUAGGAAAUGUUCACUGAAAAAGAAAAUUAGACUAAAAAGUAGGAACAAACCCAGACUAGUGAUGUUUCACUAUAUAUUUUUGUUUUAGGUUUUCCUGAAAAGAUAACAGUAAAGCAGUGCUAUCGUCUUCUGGGAAACAGCCUCAACGUACAUGUGGUGGCAAAAUUGAUCUCCAUUCUACUUGAGUAAUUUAGAACCUGAAACUGAUGCAUAUGGACUGGUGACAGAAAAUACUUCCAUCUUUUAGGAGAAAGCUGAUGGAACCUGGACAAAUACCAGAGCUUACCAAGAUACUUGCCCAGAGAUUUUGCUGAACGGUUUUGAUAUAUUUUUAAUAACUUGCAUUCAUGAUGGAUUUAAACUGUAUAGCUGUUUUAUUUAAAUGGCAGUUUACAGGACUUAUUUGCUUUAUUUAAAUGUUCUUUUUAGUUUGCAGGAUGAAAAAUAGCAGCACAUGCAAAUACUUCAAUGAGAAAGGAUAAGAUUAUUUUAUUUUACUUUAUUUUAUUUCUUAUCUUAAAAUCAUUUUCUCAGUACUGUGUGAAACUGUGUCAAAGCUGUUUCAAUUAGGUGCAGAGAUCAAGUUCUAUGUGUAAAAUGUCUUAAUCUUUAAAUGUAAGUAAUCCAUUCUGAAAAGAUUAACUGUAUAUAUGAUCUAAAAUUUUGAUGUGAUUUUUUUAGCUCAUGAAACUAAUAAAUUCAGUAUUUUGUAUACAA